AUGGCUGCAGAGAGCCCUGCAGAAAGUCUCCAGGAUGAACUUUCUUGUCCCAUCUGCCUGGAGUAUUUCAAAGAUCCAGUGAUUAUUGAGUGUGGGCACAACUUCUGCCGGGCCUGCAUCAGACAGUGCUGGGGGGAGACAGAGCCAAACUUCUCCUGCCCCCAGUGCAGAGAAACCGCCCAGCAGAGAAACCUGCGGCCCAACCGGCAGCUGGGGAAGGUGGUGGAGUUAGUGAAAGGACUGAGGCUCCAGGCGGUGACAGAGUGCGAUGGACAAAGAGUGUGUGAGAGGCACCAGGAGGCUCUGAAACUCUUCUGUGAGGAGGAUCAUACCCCCAUCUGCGUGGUGUGUGAUAAAUCUAAGGCUCACAGAUCUCACAAAGUGGUUCCCAUAGAGGAGGCUGCCCAGGAGUACAAGGAACAAUUCCAGACCCGACUGCAGGCUUUGAAGGAAGAGAGAGAAAAGCUCCUGGGAUGGAAACUGUCAGGAGAGAAGAGAAGCCCAGAGUACCUGGGAAAGACAGAAGCUGAGAGAGAGAAAAUUGUGGCUCAAUUUAAGAAGCUGCACCAGUUUCUGGAGGAGGAAGAGCAACUCCUGCUGGCCCGACUGGGAGAGCUGGAGAAGGAGAUUGUGAAGCUGCAGGAUGAAAAUAUCACCAAACUCUCCGCUGAGAUUUCUCGUCUCAGCGAGCUGAUCAGCGAGAUGGAGGGGAAGUGCCAGCAGCCAGCGAGUGAAUUCCUGCAGGACGUCAGAAGCACCUUGAGCAGGUGCCAGCAGGGGAAGUUCCAGCAGCUGGUAGAGAUUUCUCCUGAUCUGGCAAAGAGACUUGGUGAUUUUACCCAGAAAAACAUUGUACUAAAGGAGACUCUGAGGAAAUUCCAAGAUGCUCUGAUGUUUGAACUGCAGACAGCGAGCCAUCGCCCCCUUUUGUUGACUCUGGAUCCAGACAUGGCUCAUCCCGAACUCGUCCUGUCUGCGGAUCGGAAAAGCGUGAGACUGGGAGACACACAGCAGCGAGUGCCCAACAACCCUGAGAGAUUUGACUGUAAUCGCUGGGUGCUGGCCUGUGAGGGAUUCACCUCGGGGAGACAUUGCUGGGAGGUUGAGAUGGGGGAUGGGCAAUGCUGGGCUGUGGGGGUGGCCAGAGAGUCUGUGAGGAGGAAGCGGGGGUUGAGUUUUAACCCUGAGGAGGGGAUCUGGGCUGUGCAGUGGCUGCAUGGGGAUCAAUAUCAGGCUCGCACCUCCCCUGAGACCACAGUGUCACUGGGCCGGGUCCCCAGCAGGAUCCGGGUUUGUCUGGACUGUGACGAGGGGCAGGUGGCAUUUUUCGGGGCUGACAACAAGGCCCCAAUCUUCACUUUCCCACCAGCGUCUUUCAAUGGGGAGAGAAUCCGCCCUUGGUUCUGUUUCUGGGACAGUGAAACCCAGCUGAGACUCUGUUCCUGAUGCACAAGGUUAUCUAUCCCCCUGCAGGCCAUGAAAUGGGCUUCUCUAGCUUCUGGCACCCUCAUUUCUACAACCCGGGAAUCUAAAGUGGGCUGGUGACCUGUUCUCCCACCUCCAAAAAACCAACCAACCAAAACUACCCAACCCUCAGGGACAUUGACCAGCCUGUUUGUCACUGUUCUCUAUGAUCCCGGAGGACUCUAGCAUUCUGCCUGGUCAGAGAGCAAGAGGAGGAGUCCUGGGUGAGGGAGGACAGUACAGAUGGCAAAUCUUUGGGGCACGGGAGGGGCAGGAGAAAAUGGCUAAUCUUCACUUUUGAUGAGUGUUUUCUAGAAUUUAACGAAGGUAUUUUUAUAUCAAGCCCGCGGAGGUUGUGUUUUCUGGUUCCCACGCUCAUUGGCUGCUGCUGGCGUUUUUGUUUUUUCACCAAGUGGAUUCCAUAUCUUCACAGCUGUAAAGAUGCUGAAAUGUUUGUGUCUCACAAUGAUUUCUCCUGUCUCCUGCUGGAUAAAAUAUAGCACUAAACCCAGAAGCCAUCAGAACUACUUGCUUCACCAGUGUGGGGUUUGUUUGCUUUUUACUGACAUGCUCGGUGGGGUCGAGGUUGGUUACAGGCCAUUAGCAUUGCAAGAAAAGCAACCCCUCUGGAAUUGCAACAAUACUAAUAAUCAUGUCUCUGCUAGGCCACGUUCAGGUGUUUUCACCCAGUGUCUGUUGGAUCCGAAUUUCCCAGCCUGGGCGCAUCAAGCAUUCAGACAGUACAGUGACAUGGAGCUAGUUACUGGUCCAAACUUUUCAUAGAGGAGGGUCACAUGCGUAGUUGUGCGGCACCUCUACUGGCCGUGUUCAGAAAUAAAAGGGCAUCAUCGUCUGUUCGAGACCUUGCACGUAUGGUAUGUGCUAUACAAAAUGGCGUCCUGACCCCGCACGUACAGUAUGUGUGAGGUCAUGACUCAUAUGGUGUAUGAGAGGUCAUGCCAUGCUGAGGACACCAUUUUGUAGAGCUGGUCUCCUGCAGGGACAGAUGUCUUCGGGGACCAGACAGAAAUGGUCCUGUGGUUGGAUCUUGCCCACGGGCCGCCAGUCGAACUAGCCUUAUAGGUAGGGUGACCACCCAUCCCUGAUAGCAAAGGCCUGUCUCUUAUUUCAUUGAUUUGUCCCUUAGGGUGGCCACCCAUCCCUUAUUUAAAGGGAUGUCCCUUGACCACUGUCAGCAUUAAAUUGAUGAUGAUUGCAUUGUAUAUUUGAGGGCAGUAGGAAUUAACACUUGAGAGAAAAGUACAUGAUGUGC